AUCCAGGCAGGGUGGCAUCAGUAUAGAUAUAUAUCCUGACAUCCACUGAAUACAACAGUGCCAGCUGUGUCCCACAGUCCUUCUCUCCUGGGUCCGUUCUUCAAGGGAAGAAUAAAUUGGAUGCUGUCCUGAGCUGUUGGAAGUCCUGGAAGAGGUGGAGUUUUCCUUUGUCACUGAAGGAGGAAUUUGAAAUCCCAGGGCAUCUCACGGAGACACAAGAAAGCAAAGAUGGAAAUAUUUCACAAACACCAGGGUGAAGGUAAAGUCCGAAUUUCCUAUGAGCUCUCAGAAGGGGAAAAACUAGGCACAAGCAACAGAAAGGUGCAGGUGAAGAAAUACCUGGAUAGCCUUGGGAUUCCCUGUAAUCUGGAAGAUGUGCCCAAUAUCGCCAUCCUGGGAGCUGGGGGAGGUCUGCGGGCCAUGAUCGCCCUGCAUGGAACCCUGCAGGAGCUACAAAAGCAUGGUCUCCUGGGCACCAUCAUGUACCUGUGUGGGGUCUCAGGUGCAACAUGGUGCAUGUCCUCUCUCUACAACAAUGGGGACUGGGCAGAGAAAUUGCAGGCCUUGGAGAAACACAUGUGUGAUACACUUACCAAAUCCACCUGGAACCUCAGAAAGGCCGUGGAAAUGCUACUCGAGGCAGCUAAGGAUGAAGACUAUUCCCUGACUGAGUUCUGGGCCUACACUGUGGUCUAUGGAAUGUUACAUGAGCUGGAUAAGGGGCACUUGUCGGAACAGAGGGGUGCGUCUGAGAAUGGAAAUAAUCCCUACCCCAUCUAUGCAGCUGUGGAUGAACGAAGUUUCUGCAAAGUAACUGAAUACUCUCCAGAAACCUGGUUUGAGUUCACACCUCAUGAAGCCAGCUUCCUUGGCUAUGGAGCAAGUGUACCCACGGAAUACUUUGGAAGUGAAUACAAGAAUGGGGCGCUAAAGAAGCAGAAAGAAGAGAAAAACAUGAGUUACCUACAAGGUUUGUGGGGAAGUUGCAUUGGCAGCAAAGAAGAAAAUGAAAAAGUCAUAAAGGAUAUGUUCUUUGGCAUCUUUAAGGGAAAAAGAGGAUCGGAUUCAUCAUUCUCGGUGGCUAACAAAAGUGAUUGGGAAGGAACUUUGGAGGGGUUUCCAGCACCCACCCUUGAACCUGAAGCUGACAGGAAAAUGUUGGAAAUCUCCAAAAUUCUUGUGGAACAAGAAAACCAUUUCCCAAGUAGCCUGAUAAUACUUUCCAUCAGCCCUAAUACUGAUGUGUCCAUAUUGCCAGUUGAGGAAGAUGAUAUUCAGGGUACUAUGGGCAGUUCAAUUACUGGAGAAAUUGUGAGUGGCAUUGGCUCAGCAGUGGAUUUAGCUAGGAUGUUGUCUAAAACCACUUACGAUCUCUUGCACUGGAAAUGGGGAACCAAUAGUAACUUUCUUUACAAAUACUCUGGUAUUGACACUCCUGAGCUGGUGAACAAUAAAGUCAUCUCCUUGGUUGAUGCUGGCAUAGCCAUAAACUGUGCUUACCCCCUGGUUCUCCGCCCAGACAGGAAAGUGAAACUGAUCCUCUCCUUUGACUAUGGACCUUUUGAUCCGUUUCAGACACUCAAGCAAGCUGCCAAAUACUGUGAAGAAAACUGCAUCCCGUUCCCUAAGGUGGACGAGAAAUUGCUCCAAGACCCAGAUAACCCGUCUGACUGCUACAUCUUCAGAGGAGAGGGUGCUCCUACCGUCAUGCAUUUCCCACUUUUCAACAAAGUGAAUUGCCCAGGCUAUGUGAAGGAAUGGAGAAUUAAAUUCACCCCCAUUCGCUUUCUCUACAAUGAGGGAGACAUCCACAUACUCCUCCAGUCAGCCAGACUGAAUGUGUUGAACAACAAAGACAAGAUUCUGCAAGAGAUCAAACAUAUUGUGGCUUGCUCCAACAAGAAGACAAGCUCUUAAGAAGACUUUUUUUCAUCUAUGCUCUGCAUAUGUUAAAGCCACCCAGUAGAUUUUGCAAACUACAGAAUUGUCACCUGGCUGGAAAAUGUCAUUAUUUGGGAUCACAGUGGGGUGAGGAGUCUCAGCUUCUGCUAUGAGAGCACUAGUACCUAGCUCAUGAGUUAACCCCGUGACUUGACUGCACUUUAGUUCAGCAAUUCUGAUUCUGCGCAUUAGUCAAAGAAAAGUUCUCUCUUGGUAUAAAUCAUUCUUUGCUUUCUGUUGUGAAUUGUUGCUCAAUCAGUCUCUGCUCUGUGUGAUGCCAGAUGCCUUGUCUCUUGCCACACAAUUAAUGUUCAAUCAAUAAAGCCUAUAACAUCACAGGAUUUGCACACAGUGCCUCUGUCCUAGAAACAGCCAGCAAAGGCACAAGCAUCUGUGGUAAAAGCCAUCUCCCCUAGCUCUUCUCACGCUAUAGGUCCUUUGAUACAUAGAGGGGUUAGAAAAAUGAGAACCUAGUUUUGUGGGCAAAGAACAUUUUCAUCUCUAAGUUCUAGAUGUAUGUUUUGUGAAAAUAUUAUUGAAAAUGUUCUUGAAAUAGUUAGCACCUUUUUUAACAGAA